UAUUUACAUGGUUAUGGUUAUAAAGUCCAUCAACAUAGUUUAUGAUAUACAUAUUUGUUCUUAUUUAUGUAGGGACUUUACAGCCAUGGAUUUUCUCCUUGCUAAAUUUGAUAAAUCGUGGGACACUCCAACAAAGCUUGAUGAGAAAAUGAAAGACCUAAAGAGAAAACAGGUGGAACUAAAUGCUCUAAAAGGAGACACAGAGUCAAGAACAAGCACAGAGCUGCAUCCGAGAAAAAAACUAAAGAAAGAAGUUGAGUUGUGGCUCGGGAAUGUUGAAACAGUAAACAGCAAAAUCCAAGACCUUGAACAAAAAAUUGGAGAAAGUAGUUUUGUCUCACGUGGAUUCCUCAAAGGAGAUGUUUUGAAGAAGAUACAAGAAGUUGAUGAACUUUUUCAGCGGGGUAGGUUUCGCGACGGUUUGGUAGUUAACAACCCUGGGUGGAUUGGACAAGCUCUAUCAACCACAACUUUAUUCGGUGGAGCUGCAAAAACUUGUAUGGAAGAAAUUUGGGCCUACUUGAUGAAUGAUGACAUUCAAAAGAUUGGAGUUUGGGGGAUGGGAGGAAUAGGGAAAACAACGAUCAUGAAGCUCGUACACAACCAGCUAUUGAAAGAGACUGAAAAUUUUGACAUUGUGAUCUGGAUCACUGUAUCAAAGGAGAUGAACAUCAUUAAACUACAAAAUAGGAUUGCACGUGCAAUGAAUGUAACCCUUCACGAAGAUGAAGAUGAAACAAUAAGAGCUGGGAUGAUAUACGAAAUGUUGGCUCGUAAAGGCAAGUAUGUGUUAAUCCUUGAUGAUCUGUGGGACAAACUUUCUCUUGAAGAAGUAGGCAUCCCCGAGCCUUCUAAUGGGAGCAAAUUAUUGGUAACAACUCGGUUAUUAGAUGUGUGUCACUAUUUGGAUUGCCGAGAAGUUAAAGUGCCGACUCUUUCAAAACCAGAUGCAUGGAGGUUGUUCACGGAAAAAGUAGGUCGAGAUGUUUUGAAUCAUCAAGAUCUAUUACCCCUUGUGAAAUCUGUUGCUGAAGAAUGUGCCGGUUUACCUUUGGCUAUUGUUACAAUAGCAAGCAGUAUGAAGGGUGUACGUGACAUUCAUGAGUGGAGGAAUGCACUCUUUGAAUUAAACAGACAAGUGAAAAGUGUGAAUGGGAUGGAAGAGAAGGUAUUUCAACAACUUCAGUUCAGCUAUGAUCGUUUACAAGAUGAAAAAGUGAAGCAUUGCUUCCUCUGCUGUGCAUUAUAUCCUGAAGAUUGGGAAAUAAAUACAGAUAAGCUUAUAAAUCUGUGGAUUGCUGAAGGGCUCGUGGAAGAAAUGGAUAGCAUACAAACGGAGAUUGACAAGGGGCAUACCAUACUGAAUAAACUCAAAAACAGUUGUUUGAUAGAAAGUUGUAUGAUAGAAAACAGUAAUAUAGAUAAAGGUCAAGUGAAGCUGCAUGAUGUUGUACGGGACAUGGCAUUGCGCAUCACAAGUGCAAGACCACGAUUCUUGGUGAGAGCUGGCAUGCUAUUGAAAAGGAUACCUGAUGUGCGAGAUUGGAACGAAGAUUUGGAGAAAGCUUCAUUGAUGUGUAAUUUGGAAUUACAAAUUCCAUCCCAAAUGCCUUCCCCAAAAUGCCAAAAGCUCACAACAUUAUUGAUGUGCCGAUGCAAGAUAGAGAGCAUUCCAGAGUGUUUCUUUGAGCAAAUGCAUGGACUUAAGGUUCUUGAUCUUUCUGAAAAUCUUAUUAAGAAUUUACCAAAUUCCAUCUCUAAUUUGGAAACUCUCACUACAUUAUUGCUUGGUUGGUGUGAACAAUUAGAGAAGGUGCCAUCUUUUUCAAAACUUCAAGCUUUAAGGAAGUUAGACCUUAGAGGAACAAAAAUCAAGGAUAUACCUCAUGAGAUGGAAAGGUUGGUAAAUCUCAAAUAUCUUGAUUUGAGUUACACGAAAAUAACAGAGAUGGCCGAUGGAAUGUUGGCAAACUUCACAUCCCUUCAGCACUUAUCAAUACUUGGAUUUGAUUAUAAAUUAUUCGUGAGCGAAGAGGAAAUAAGUGGAUUAAUGAGGAAGUUGGAAAUCUUUGAAGGGUGUUUGUUUGACUGGAAUGAGUGGAACAGUUAUGCCCAAGCUUUGCAUGCUCGAGAAAGAUGGCCUCGUCAAUACUUCAUUUUAGUGGGUGAUCGAUUAAUGUGGGAUGAUUUAGACAAUAAUUCGAAAAAAUACAUUGAAUUAAAAGGUUGUGACAUGAUCUGUACAAAUGGUAUUAAGAUCCUAUCUGAUGUUGAGGUUUUGACUAUUGUGGAAUGCAUCCGUGAUUUGUGUGAAGAAGAGUCAUUCUUUACUCGUGGUUGCUAUCAGCGUUGUUGCGAUCAUAUGGAAGAAAUAAAGAAUCUAACGAAAGAGUUUCAGAACUUUCUCAGAGUUGAGAGGAGAAGGAAUGGAGUUGCUAUCAUGCUUAAUCUUUCCAAGAUUAAAGAAAUGGGAAUUGUUGGAUCUACCAAAAUGGAAGACAUUUUGGUGCAAACUGAGUAUUGCGUUUAUGUGAUUCUUAUUGAGGGAUUGUUUAACACGUGA